AUGGGCGGGCCGUUGUUGAACCGGUGGUGCCUGGCCUUCUCGAUAUGGCACGUGCUGCUGCUACUGCUGCUGCUCCAGCUCGUCUCGCCCUACACGAUCCCGUCAUAUGUCGUCGACUACGCCCCGAUCGUCUGGCUGCAUUCCGAUGACCCGUACAUGCCCAGCGACAUUUUGACCCACGUAUCGCACACCGUGCCGCGGAUCGGCUUAGAAGCCAUCGUAGACACACUACCGCUGCCCAAUCUGGAGAACCUGUCCCUGCUGAACCGACUCGGCGCGUCACACGGGACCGACGUCUUCUUGACGGCGGUUGGAGACGUGUCCACGUUCCCGGACUGGGUCCUUGGCGAGACCCCCGACGCCACGGGCGCCCUGCACAACUCGACGGCGUGUGCCGUGGUGGUCGUGGAGAAGCAGACGCCCGCAGCGGUGUGGGUGGACGCUUUCUAUUUCUAUUUCUACUCGUGGAACGAGGGUGCCGACAUCCGGCAGGUGGUGCCCCCCUUGAACAAGUUAUUCCCGGACAGCAAGCCGGGCGACCACUACGGGAACCACCUGGGUGACUGGGAGCACAACAUGAUCCGGUUCGCCAACGGGACGCCGACCGGCAUCUACUUCAGCCACCACACCAGCGGCGAGGCUUGCGCGUGGGACGACGCGACGUGCCUGUCGACGACGCAGGACGGGCGACCCGUCGUAUUCAGCGCCCGCGGCUCGCAUGCCAACUACCCCUCGGCGGGCAGCCACGUGCACGACGAGGCCCUCAUCGACGUCGCCGACCAGGGCCGCCUGUGGGACCCCGUCCGGCGCGCCUACUUCUACCACUACGAACCGCAUACGGGGGUCUUCACCGCGGCCGGACCGGACGGGGGUGGCGGCGGCGGCGACGACGAUCCCACCGACUGGCUGAAUUUCAACGGACACUGGGGCGACAAGCAGUACCCGGACACCGACCCGCGCCAGGAGACGGUGCCAUACUUCGGGCUCAAGAAAUUCAACGACGGGCCCAACGGACCCAAGUUCAAGCACCUGGUGCGGAAGGGGCUGAUGCCCGACGUCAAGGAGAAGCCCCACCUGAUGAAGACGCUGGUACACUGGUACCUAGGCCUGUACGGGUGCUGCCUGCGGGGUAUCAACCCAUGGGUCGUGGUGGUGUCGGUCGUGCUGGUUGCGGCGGUGGCCGUGGGGCUGUGCGUCUUCACUCUGAAGCUGGUGCGGCCGCGGCUGACGGCGUGGAUCCUCGCCAAGAGGAAGAAGAUGAAGAAGCAAGGGGGUCGGGGCGGCGGAGCAAAAGACGAAGACGAUAAUGCGGAAGUUCAGCUUCGCCUGCUCGAUCCGGACGGGGUCGCGGUGGAGCAGCAGGACGACUAA